GGUUGGAAUCGAUUAUGGACCUUACGCACCGAUUAUGAGAAUCGAUUCCGCACGUGUUGGGCUUCCUUCUUCACCCACGUGGCGGCGUCUUUAAUGAUAGCGGCGGCUGCGAGGCUCAAUGAGGUUCGACUUCUUCGCGAGAUUUAAACUCCUCGCCAGGUCUAAGAUGUCUUCGGCUAACGGACAGCAGUGCACGUACAGGGACGCGCUGGACCCAACGGGACGGCCGCUGUCCCUGCGGGAGGCUGUGGCGCUGUUGGCGCGAGGGGUGUGCGCGGGACUGGUGGUGGCGCUGCCCUCCGACACGGUGUACGGCCUGGCAUGCCGCGUCGGCAGCCCGCGGGCGCUGCGGCGAGUCUACGACGCCAAGGGGCGCGACGGUGGCAAACCCCUCGCCGUGUGCGUGGGGGACACGCGGGAGGUGGGCAGGCUCUGCCACGUCACGGUGUCUGACGAGGUGAUGCAGGACUUGCUGCCGGGCCCAGUCACGCUUGUGUUCAAGAGGAAACCCGAGCUUAACCCCGCACUCAACCCCAGCACACAGCUGGUGGGGGUCCGAGUCCCCGAGCACGCCGUGCUGCGCCAGCUGUGCCUGCACCUGCAGGAGCCGCUCGCCCUGACGAGCGCCAACGCCAGCGCGCGGCCCAGCUCCCUGCACGUGCACGAGUUCAGGGAGCUGUGGGAUUCUCUGGCGGUGGUUCUGGACGGGGGGCCACUGGGCGACCCCAGUGACCCGACCUCACGUCUGGGGUCAACGGUUAUCGACCUCUCCAUGCCCGGAAGCUUCAGGAUCAUAAGGGCCGGCGUGGCGUGCGACAGGACCCUGGAGAUUCUGCAGAAGAAACACGGGUUGAAGUUGGACCCCGGGACGGGGUGACGAGGAGGGUGAAGCGAGUAUGAGUGUGUGUGUGUGUGUGGCGGAGGCGGGGGUUGGUGGAUCAUGGGAGGAUGGGUAACGAGCGAGGGUUCUGUAUGGGACCAGGCGAAGCUUCUCGGUGUCACUUCCCCUCUGCGGGCUCGUGCCGGUGACCACGUGUGGAACUCCACACACGUGGUCACGCUCCCUCCCCCCCACCCCCGCUGUAAUAAAUAUAAUAUGGGGGGGGAGGGGGGGGGGGUGUUAAGCAAGCACGGUCGACGAUAACGCGCGUGGGGUUGCGUACGCGGGUGCGCGGGGUGGGAGGGGGGGGGGGGAGGCUUGAACAAAGAGCGAGGUGCGUGGGUAGCGUCUGGAAGCAUCCAGCAGCAUCCCGAUGCCUCGUGCCGACGAUGCCACACGCCGAAGCGGCCGUAAAAAUGUUUUUUUCUCCCGAGCGGGGGAGCGAGGUGUGUGGUUCUUGCCCCCCCCCCUCCGCCGUGACUUUUAGAAGGGCGGUGGCUGAGGCUCGCUUUAUAGACUGGACUGUGGGGGGGGAGGGGGGCUCGCUGUGAAAAAAAGCUGCGUUGGCUUGUAACCUCGUAAGGGGUUACUUACGGGGGUUAAUCAUUGGCAAUGCUGAGUGUGUGUGUGUGUGUCAGUGUGUGUGUCAGUGUGUGUGUUUGUGUGUGUCAGUGUGUGUGUCAGUGUG